AUGUUUCUGAUGAGACACUUCUGCUUUUCUGCUUCUCCCAGGCUGAUUCUUCACUUUGAGAGUGGAGGCUUCCUUGUUUUCUACAACUGCAGAAUGCACUGGUGCUCCUCUCCAAGGGCUGAUCCUGCUUCUGACAUCCUGUCCAUGGAGUUCCACCGUGGCCGGGCACUAGAUGCCCUCCGUGCACCCAAUCCCAUCUGCUACACCCUCUUAGACCAAAGAUACUUUUCAGGGCUGGGGAACAUCAUUAAGAAUGAGAUUUUGUACCUGACCAAGAUCCACCCACUAACACAAGGCUCUCUCUUGGCUCCCUCGGAUCUGGAGCAUCUGCUGGACUGUGCCCUUCAGUUCAGCUCUGACUGGCUGCACCACAAGCUCCAUGGCCAAGGGCUGCACCCCCAGAUCUACCAGAAGGAGCAGUGUCCCCUUGGCCAUCCAGUGAUGAAGGGAACUUUUGGACCACUGGGUGCCUUUAAGAGACUUACAUGGUGGUGUCCUCAGUGCCAGCCUGAGGUGCUGCCAGGGGAAGGGGAUCCUUCCCCAGUCACAGAGUGACCUGGCUUUGCAUUCCUCCUUUCCUGGAGGGUGGUAGGUGAUGUCUCAACCAUGCUCCUAAUUGCCUUGAGGAGGUCUUCUUGGUUUCUUUGAGCUGUUGAGUUUGGUUCUUAGUGACAAUGAGCUGGCAGAGUUAAGUGCUCAGUGGAGGUCACAGGACUCUCUGCAGCACUGAGUGGAUGCAGAAAGUAAAGUGGUUGUACAUGUCUUUUUUUUUUUUCCCAAUGAACAGUGUAAAAGAGUCUGACCAGUUCUGAGGUAUUUUGGUCACUCUGUUCAGACCACAGUGGAUGGAAAGUGUAGAGUGUUGAACAGGUGUUUGCUGUGGUCUGAAGUGACCCUAUCCCUUGACCCCAGUGGAGUCAGUAGAACAGAGUAUAUCCCUCUGCCUAAAAAGCUUGAUUAAUUAGGAAUUAAAUAAUCCUGCCUCUGUUUGGACCUGAAUACCUGUGUGCUGGGUGUGGUUAAAUGUGAGGGGCUGUUCCCUCUGUCAGAUCUGACAGGAACAGCUCCCUCCUUUCAAGGGGACAAAACCUGCAUCAGCAGUGCUUGGUGGAGCUCAUCUUGUUCACAAGUUUCAGCUUUGUGGCAAACUGCCAGAUCCAGAUCUCACUGUAACAGUAAAAAAAAAACCCUAAAAAUACUGUGUGUGUGACAGAGAUUGCAUAAAACUUGGGAUCUCCAAGGAAACCUGCAAGCAGAAAGGUUUGGAAAUAGAGAUGAAACCUUCUUUAUUGAGCUAUGUCUCUGUAUGUGAGGCAGGAGCUGCUGCUGUUCUCUCUCUGUGGAUUUGGGUUUCUUUUGACAAAUUGUUUGCUUGAGCAAAAAAAUAAAAGCUAGAAAUGGAAAACUGGUGAUGUUCAUCUUAAAUUCAGUGUGUCUUUUCUGGUAGUUUCUUGGUUAAAAACUGAGGUGUGCAGGGAAAUUCCAGCUACCUGGAAUUGAUUAACAGUCAGCUGUUUGGUGCUGCUUGUAGAGAAUGGUACUAGGAGCUUUGCUCAGAAGUUUGUUUUAAUGGGAACUGGAUCUAAAGAUGUAUUGCAAAUCAACUGGGAAUGCUAGAGGUAAACUCCUCUGUUUUAGGCUGCUGCUUCCCAGGCAAGGCUUGUGCAGCCUCUCCCCUGGGAAUUGCAACACCAUUGAGUGGUUGCAGGUUACGAGACUGCUGAAUAAACUGAUUAAUAGGGUUACAGUGUCAAAGAAGGUGGUUGAUGUUCUUUCUGAUCCUA